AUGCCGGGUCCGCGUACGCACUUUGCCAUGGGACUAGUGCUGCUGCUGUUGUGCGCGCUGUUGGACUACAGCGGGAGCGCGCCCUCGAGAGCGUCGCCCACGGGGUACGCGCAGCAGCGGCAGCAGCGGGAGGAGAGGGAUGAGUACCGGAGGCUGGUGGAAGCGGUGAGGCGAGUGGAGGAGACCCGGGCCCGGAGCGGAUCCAGGAGAGAGUCCCGCUUAUCGUCGCGAAGCAGAGUUGCAGCUCUGGAGGCGAGGGACUUCCGCAGCUCCAGGACAGACCGAGAGCAAGCAGUGUUCCCUCAGAAUCUGAAGAAGAAGGAGCAGUUCCUCCAGCACAUUACAGGUCCCCUCUAUUUCAGUCAGAAGUGUAGAAAGCAUGCAUACAGACUUUACCACCAGACAAGAGACUGCACAAAACCAGCAUAUUUCAAACGGUGUGCGCGGCUUCUUACCCGGUUAGCAGGCAGUCAACAGUGUCUCGAGGGAUAG